AUGGCAAGAGAUUUCGGCCCAAACAAGGUCGCAAUAUGGGCCAUUACGGAAGAUCCGGCUGCCAGAGAAGGGAUCCCAUCGUCUCUGGAAACGGCCAUUUUACUUAAGCGAAGAACUGACGACAUUUUCAAGGCCAAUAUCGAUGUCAGGGUUGAUGUUUCUGGAUUCUUAUUCCAAACUUUACAAGAUGCCCUGCUAGAUACUGAAGAUGACGCUGUGGUCUUUGAUCCUGGAGCCUCCCCUCUGAUACCUAACGACCUAGCGGGCCACGACUUGAAUGAUCUCGGGUCAAUUGAUCUUUCGCGGCUUUGCAUGUCAGGGAGCAUUAACCCUGAGCCUGAAAUUCUGAAUAGCGGAGCUAUGGACCAGACUAUCAAAGACCUCCUCCCCGAGGAAAACCCAGCGGAGGGCAAGCCAGUGGAGUACGAGGUCAAAGCGUGGGUCAUUGAUCUCUGGGGAAACAAAUUCCCUGAAGUCGGCUCGCAUGAAAUGAAUACGCCACUGUGCCGAGAGGACCCUUCCCCUGGAUCUCCGAGGCCGUUAAAACUGGUGAACCAACAUCAGAUUCUCAAGGCUGCCCAGAGGCACAACAAGUCCAGCAAGACUCUCGCAACACUCAUUUCUCCAAUUCAUGCGGUACAGUCCAGUGUGAGCAAGCUCACGACUUUCCACAAAUUGAAAGGUCUUCUCAACCAGCCGUCUUUCGAACUUCUAUCUGAUUUCUUCAAACUCCCAAUUGCCGUUCAAGUCACUCGGCAGCAUGACCGUGGAGGCUGCGAAGUAUUUCCAAAUGACGAAAAAUCUUCUAAAGUAUAUAUCAUUCAAACACCAUUCUACAGUACAGGCUUCUGGUCCUUGCUUCUCCACACCAUGGUCGACAACAAUGUGUCGGAGGGGUUCAUCAAGAUAUCUGGCAUCAUUCAAGUCGAUGCUGAUUUGAAGCUGGAGGAUAUUUUCUGCGGCAUCCAUAAGCUUGUCCAAAGACUUGGCCAUCAUCCAACCCUGUUACCUUUACAGCUGUUCGUGUCCCACUAUGGGACUACCAAGGACGGAAUCGACCUUAUCCAGAAGGAAAUUGGAAAUGUAGAUAAGAUGCUCCUUGAGCACUUGGAAGAAAAGGGCAAGCUGGGUGAUGCUAGUAAACAGUAUCGGGAGAUGAGCAUGACUCUACAUAAGUGUAGCAUGGAUCUUGCUGAACUUAACAGGCGAAAGAAGUUUGAGGAAGAGCUAGGCAAUUUCUUAAAGAAGGAAUUAAAGAACGACAAUCAACUCAAGACCCUUGCGGAGGUAUACUUGAGAAUGUCUCGGAGUCGGGAAUCAGAUCUCGAGAGUCUGCCUGGAAAGAUUGAGAGUCAACGCAAUGUCCUAUUCAACUUGAUCACGCAGCAUGACAGCUAUCUCCAAGCCAGGCUGGCUAGUGAGUCACUGCGAGACUCCAAGGCUAUGAAGACUUUGUCCAUCUUGACGAUUCUUUUUCUCCCAGGAGCUUUCAUCGCCACCGUCUUUUCUACUAAUAUGUUCGAAUUCAAAACAACGAACCAGCAAGUGAGGAUUUAUUUUGCAAUCGUUAUCCCUCUAACCGCCGUUUUGAUGAUCUGCUGGGUUCUUUGGUUGAAGAGCACACCUGAGGGAGCUGAUGAAGAAUCCGCACGUCAAAGUAAGCCAGCGGUAGUUUUGAACGGGGUAAAAGGGAGGAAGGCAGAUUGA